UCUUUUCUUUUUCUUUUUUUUUUCCUUCUCUUUUUUUUUGGUUCAAGACUGUAACGAACUAUCAUCCGAACUAAAAAGGUAGUUCGAUCCAAUAAAUCGAUGGAUCCAUUCCACAGUUCAGCUUUGGUCUCUGGUUUGUUCCUAACUCGACCCAGAUUAAUCAAAGUGUUUUUUCCUUUUCCCUCUCUGUGUUCCUCCUCUGAUUUUCCUUCCUUGUAUUAAUUACCACUGCAUAUAUUAUCUACGUCGACUGAUUUUAAUCUCUUUGUUAUCAAUUACGGAGUAAAGUGCGCUGAUAUCCACCGACGUCAGCCGGCAUUGGUAAUUGCCCGUCCGUUAUUACAAUCCCAACCUACGAAGCGAUCAGAAGAAGAUACAGAGAGAGGCGAGAAAAAGAAGAAGAACCAUGGCUAUUCUCGACAAGGAAAGCCGUUCUCGCGGUCUCCGAAUGCCAUCACUUUCUGCGAUUAAAUCCAGAAAGAAAAACGCCGAAUCACCACCACGGAGAGAUUCAAGUUCCGACGAAGUCGUGAUACCAACACGAAUGGACUCGAUCCCGGGCCGUUCUCUUCGCUCGCAAGAGAAGGACCUGCCGCCCAACCCGCUGCCUUCUCCUCCCGCAUUCCCCUCUGCCCCAGCCGACUCGUUGUCAAACCAGUCGCCGUACCAUCACAUCAACCCUACCCCUAAAUAUGAAGACCGCCCGCUUCCCAGGUUUCCUCGAGUCCCCGUUCCCAAGCGGGAGGAGCCGCCGGUUCCGGCUCCGGCUCCGGCUCUUAUACAACAAGUAACUCCUCCAUCCAGUGAAGACCAGUACCCUAUUCACCCUCAAGAACACGUUCGGCCGAUCGAGGACCCGCUAGAGAGCUAUAUUCCCGAUCCAGAGCCAGAGCCAGAAAUCGACGGUACCAGUACAUAUAUCGAACCGGUUUCAAGCGAAGAGAGUAACGGGCCAUGGACGCCGCCAGAUUACGACCCCGUCGCCGCACCGCUAAACCGAUUACACUAUGCUUGCUACCAGGAACAUCGGUCGAUGCCCACUGCCAACAACCUCUGGCAUCCACUUCCAUGUAUGACCUGCCAGAUAUAUGAUCGAGAAAUUCGAUACCGAUGUUUGUUACCAGACGCUGCAGAAAUGCCCGAACCGCUCGCUGGCGCAGCUUAUGAAAACGAUGCCCUCCCACGAGUAGCUAUUCACUCAUUACUGAUCGUUCUGAUCUCUGUCCAGGACAUGGACAUAGGUUCUAUAGUCUAAUUUCUUAUACAUAUUUCCGGGGUGACAUUCAAAGUUCAAUAUUUCGCUACGCUCUCGUUGCCAGAGCUUGCCAUCUGUUUAUGUUAUAAUGCGUCAAGAAAACUUUGCGGAUAUUUCGUCGUUAUUUAUUUAUUGUAUAUACGGUCACUGUAGGCCGUGGUUUAGGGCAAUGUAUAGUUAUUGGGAGUUUGCCUAGACAGCAUAGAUUAAUUUUGAUCUGCC